AUGCACCAGAUUUGGCUCUGGGUGCUGCUACUGGUCCGCACCGCUGCAGAGAUUUCCGAGGAGUCCUGUCAAGCCGGUGUCGUUCUCGAAGAGGAGAAGGUUUGGUGCUGCCUGGUGCAUAGCUUGGGAUGUCGGCCAGAAGCAGAUCAAGCCCGACGGCUUGACAUGACAGAGGCGGUGGUCGAAGACGGGGACACGCGCUACGACUGCAACGAGGGACUCGAAGAUGUGAGGAUGUACUGGGACAUUGAGAAACAAGCACAUUGCUGUGCCAAAUUUGGCCUGGGUUGCCCUGACAACGCGUUUGAUUGCGAGUCGGGUUACAUGAACUGGGUCCACGGCUGGUCUGAGGGCAAGAAGAUCUGGUGUUGCCAGAAAACGAAUCGCGGCUGCCCACCUACCACCAUCACAGAAACCACUACGAGGACGGAAACCAUGACCACGACAUUCCCUGGCUGCAAGAAGUUCUGUACCCUGCAAAACGUCAAGGUGACCUGUGAGGAGAGAAUUCAUUUUGCUUCUGUGCACACGUUUCUCGGCGAGGUAUCUCCGUGCCAACUUGCUCACGAACUCGUACUGCGCGAGUGCCAGGGUCUGUGCGACAUGUGCAGCGUCAGUCAGGCCUGUCUCGGCGCUGCAAAUGUACAGACAACGACUCCGACUCCGACCACUCACCAGCACGAGCACCACGAGAAAGCGGUGGCUGGCAAGCCAUUCAAUUGUCACGAGGGCCUGGACAUGUGGCAGAUGGUCUGGUUUCCAGCUAAGCAGGAGUGGUGCUGCAAUCACGAGAAGUUGGGAUGUCCAGAGAAGUCCGAGCAGAAGUGGUCUUUGCGACAGUCGCCAGACGUCUCGGGACAAACAGCCUGGCCCACUCUGACGCUCGCUGGACUUGCAGCACUGGUGGCCGUAACGUCCGUUACGGCGUUGGUCACACGCUCGAGGCAUCGGCCCGGUGGCAGAUAUGAGAGUGCACCGACAUCUUAA